CAGCAGAUGCUAAAACACACCCACACACAUAGAUACUUGUAGAGCAUUUUACUAAUAGUCAGGACGAGUACGACGUCUAGCGUCACUGUAGGAAAUUAUUAAGUUUCGCGUUAACGUUCACUAACAUCCGCCAUAUUUAACUCUAGUUUGUUCGUUUGCUUGAACCCAAACGAACAGCAAUGUCUGAAAAUACAGAGAGUGUUAUUUUGCGUAUUAUAAAAGAUGGUAAAGAAAUGCUGGUCACUGUACCCGGAACUCGUUCGGUGGUCGGUGAACGAAUCAGGUGAACAAAAUGAGGCAGCAGUUCUAACCCAUCAUGAAACUGUGCCAGUAAGUGAAGAAGUGAGUGUAGUUACCCAAGAAUGCCAACCAGGAACCUCUAUGUCAGAAUCUUUACAGACAUCUCCAGAUUCAUUUGAAAGCAGUAUUAGAUAUGAAUGGAGUGAUAUUGAAACUCGACGUUUAAUUGAUUUAAUUUCAGAAAGGUAUGAAAGGCUAAAAAAUGCAAGAAACAAAAAAAGAGUGUGGAAAGAAAUUUCUGAUACCUUAAAUAAAGACAAACUAAGUGAACCCUAUGUAACAAUUGACAAAUGCAUUGAAAAAUGGAAAGCUUUAAAAAAGGGUUUUCGAAAUCAUAUUAGAACUCCAAAGAAAGUUGGAGACCCCCGUAAGUUUGCUUAUGCAGAUUGUAUGCACAGGUUAAUGGGUCAAGACUUGUCUGUCAUGUCACUAGUAACUGUUGAUGGAGAAGGAAAUAAUGUUACAGUAGAAAAUCCUUCAUUACCAAACCAUCAACAAGAUGAAGAAGAUUCUUCACCUCCUCCUGCAAAACAAAUGAAACUGAUGAGUGAAAAAAAAUACCAAAGGCAGUUUAUCACAGACUUAAAACGAGUUUUGCAAGAACGGGAUGAACGACUGAUGAAUUUCAUAUCAACACUUCAUAAAGAGAACACUGCACUUUUGAAUAAGCUUAUUGACAAGUUGUAAUAAUUUGUACAUGAAUUAAGUAUGUAUAUCAGGCUAACUCACUGUUAAUAAACAACUGAUGUAAUUUUUAAAUACGUGAGUUAACCAAGCAAACCUUAUAAACAGUUCUAUUGUACAGUUACAAAAUAUUUUUUCUUCUGUAUUAUUACUUUAAAAUGAUAAAAAAAGGAAUUAUCUAUAUGAUUAAGAUUUCUACUAGUAUUUUCUGUAAGUAUGAAGUAAAACUUUUGUGUUCUUAUAA